AUGGCAUCAAACAGCGUUCGAGGCAAGAUUGCUAUAGUCACGGGAGGUGGAUCAGGCAUCGGGCUAGCAUUCGUCGAUCUGCUUAAUUCGAAGGGCUGCAGCGUAGUGAUUGGGGAUCUCCAACUCAGGGCUGAAGCAGAAGAACUAGUGAACAAAGCUUCAAACGGCGCCAAAAUCCUGUUCAAGAAGACGGACGUCACGAAAUGGGAUGAGCUUGCUGGACUCUUUGAGUUCACAGAGAAAGAGCUUGGUGCACCAGAUAUAGUCUGCCCAGGAGCAGGCAUCUUCGAGCCAAGCUGGUCCAACUUCUGGGACGACACUGAAAACAACGGCUACAAGACCGUCGACAUCAACAUCAACCAUCCAGUAAAAGCCACGCGCCUAGCCAUUCGAUCGUUCCUCAAGGCGAACAAGCCAGGCGUCGUGGUCCAUAUCUCCUCCAUUGGCGGUCAGACCACUAGACUCUCGGUGCCGAUAUACUGCGCUACGAAGGCCUUCAUCAACCACUUCGUGCGCGGGAUGACCGAGUUGGAUGAAAGGGAGGGCAUCCGUGUUGUGGCUGUCGCACCUGGUCUCGUUAGAUCCCCGCUCUGGUUCAAGGAGAAUCCCGAGAAGCUCAAGUCGGUUGGCGAGAACGACCUUUGGAUCGAGCCGAGCGAGAUCGCAGAGGUCUUGCUCGCCGUAACUCAAGACCCAGCAUAUAAAGGCGGGACCGUCAUAGAGGCGUCGGGGCAAGGGCGAACGAGGAGGGUGGAGGUUUUCAACGACGCGGGUCCACCAGGUAUUGGACAUGCGGCCGGUGCAAACAUGUCGCUUGAAGAGGAUGUGCAUGCUAUGCUUGUAAAGGAACGACAGGCGAAACUGUAA